AUGGCUACAAAUGAUGAUGAAGAAGAAACACUACAAAAAUGGGUAGAAAAACAACUUGACGAGGAAGAAAAGGCAAAAAUACUUGUCGCACAACUUCGGGGUGAAAUCAAAAAAAUGAAACGUGAAACUGAAGACAUUGAGCUGAUCGAGGAAACAACACAUCGAGAUGAAAUAGAAAAAAUGAAACAUGAAGCGCAGGAUAUGCGACAAAUUCAAGAAACAAUACAUCAAUACGAAAUAAAAAAACUCAAACGUCGAGGUGAAACAAAGGAUCGUGAGCUUGAAAUAAUGAAAUGUAUAACUAAAACAAUGCAACGUAAAAUUGAAACAAUGAAGCGUUCAAAAGAAUUGAUGAAACAAAUCGAUAAAGCAGAACGGCAACAAAUACAUGAAUCUUACCAAAGCAAAUCACGGAAGCAAGAAAUUAAAUCCGAUUCAUCAUCAAAUAAAAAACGUCGUAAUGUAUUUACAUCUCAUGAUUACUUUUACAACAUCAAUGUACCCGAUGAUUUGCAAUCAUUCAAUAUUAAUGAAGUAUUAGAGGACAAUAACUACUUGAAUGAUAAUAUAUUAAAUUGUAUUGAAAAUUAUUCAAAUCAAUUUUCAACAUAUCCUAUAUUCAACAAAGAAGCAAUGCAAAAUGGAUUUGAUCAGUUACUUGCUAAUUUAUUAAAUACGUCGAAUAAUUCUACAACAUUGAAAUAUUUAAAUACAUCUGCUUUAUAUUAUUUAGAAAAUAAAUUUAAUCCUAAUUGUACAUUUACCUAUAAAAAUAUAAAUAUCGAUAUUGAUCACGAAGAGCCAUGUUUACAAGAUUUUGUUGUUUGUCUUGGUAAUUUAAUACCUCCACAUGUUUCUUUAUCAGAAGAUUCAAUGAUUGAAGGAAUAUUACAAUAUUUGACGAUGAUAUUGGCAGGACAACGUCGUGAAAAGAUAUAUGGUUUUCUUAGUAAUUAUACACACAUCAAAUUUUUUUAUCUGAAAAGGAAAUCUGAUUCGGAACGGUGUGGAUUUUUUCAGAGUCAAGAAUUAGAAAUGUUUACUUAUUCGUCCGAAACAUUAUCGUCUAUUGAUGCGUCAACAACAACUGAAAAUAGAAGAAAAUUAGGUGUUAAUAAAGAUACAUGGAAAACAUUUAUAAAUUUUUUAACAAUGAAUACUGACUUUUAUCAAUAUAAAGGAUUAAAAAUAGAUCCUAAUGAUGAUUUACUUGGUGAUCGAUAUAUGAUUACAAAAAAAAUAGGAUUUGGCACAUCGUCAAUGGUUUAUUUAUUAGAAAAAAAUGAAGAUAACCAUUCAGUUGACGAUUUACCACAUUAUGUAAUGAAAAUAUUAAAAGAAACUAAAUAUUCCAAAUGUUUUCUUAACGAAGUUAAAAUGGCAAAAAAAUUAAAACGAUUUAAUGAUUUAAAUAAAUUUCAUUUAUUUUUCCAAGAUAUUCUAUAUCCACUGUCUUCAGAUAAAUAUUUAUUCUAUGAAAAACAAUUGCAACGAACUGAAUCAUUAUCAUUGGUGCAAUCGAAACAACUUAUUGAUAUAAUUCAUUAUUUAUACGAUUGUCGUAUUAUUCAUCGCGAUGUACGUCCACGAAAUAUAAUGUUAGAUCCUGAUAGUAAUCAUAUAAAAUUAAUUAAUUUCGGUUUUGCCUUUGCAUUUAAUACGGAUAACCAGGGAGGCAGAAUGCGCGCAAUUGCUCCACGUAUAUAUGCUACUGAGCCAAUUUAUAAACUUUAUUUAAGAGUAUUAGCUGGCAAGGAUCACUCAUAUUAUUUUUAUGAACGAACUUUUGAUUUAAUAUGUGCAAUAAACAUUAUAAUGGCCAUAAGUAAUCGUGAUAUCGACCGACGUAUUAGUUCAAUUAAUAAAUCACACGAUGAGAACGAAAUUGUAUUAAAAUCAUUGCAAUUAUGGAAAGAUACGAAACGUACUAAUAAGCAAUAUUCAAAUUUAUUGAAUUUAAUAGGCAAGCUGAAUUUUUGGUUUCCAUUCGAUGGAUCAGAUGAAUCAUCAGUUUCUGAUGUGUCAGAAGAACAAUCAGACCGAUCAUCAAUUUUUGAUGUUUCAGAAGAGCAAUCAGACCAAUCAUCAGUUUCUGAUGUUUCAAAAGAAAAAUCAGACCGAUCAUCAGUUUCUAAUGUUUCAGAAGAACAAUCAGACAAAUCAGCAAUUUUUGACGCUAUAAAAGAUGAAAUAGAAAAACUUUUCGAUAUGUGA